CAUGCUAAUGCUAACAGACCUUCAACUCCACAACCAUCCUCUUGGACUUCUGGAUUCCACCAACAGAAACCAAACAUUUUGCUGAACAUUGGUGAGCAACUAAUGAAAAAUGUGAUGAGUGACUGAUGAUGAUGAUAAUGAUGAAGCCUGUCUGCUGAACAGGUUAGGCUUCAAUGGAUGAUUUGAAUUGAUGGCGAGCUACCCUCCAAAGAACUGGAACAGUAUGAAAAGAUUCAGCCCUUCACCCACCCCACUCAUUGGCAGGCCUCAAGCCUUACAGCUUCAUCCCUUCCCCAAUGCUGUGAUGUUUUUAGAUGUCACCCCGCCCUCUGCCCGUGACGUGCUCGGCUCUCAACUCUGGCCACCUCUGGCCCAGCAACGAGUUGGUGCCCGAAACGGCCCCAGAGUUUGGAGCCCGGAGCCGCAGCUCCGGUGGUCGAAACACAAAAAACCGGCGCCAAGUCGGGCGCCGGCUCCAACUCCGAACGGGCUCCACCCCGGUCGAAAAGAGGGAGUUUCUACAAUGGCGGCCCGGUAUCACCAGUCCGACUCACCACAAACUCCUCGCAUAGAACAGCCUGAACAUGACCGACUGGUUCCAGUCAGACCCGCGACAGACACUGAGAAGAAACUAUUGAGCGUUAUCAGCCGGCUGUCUGGCCAGAGAGGACCGCUGGAGGAGAAGCUGGAGGAGAGGAUAGCCGCCAUGGAAGCAAAAUUAAACACUUUCUCCAGCGGCGAGGAAAUUCAGCGGAAAAGAGGAGAGCACAGUCCUAAAAUUGCGACUGGGCUCACCUCACAAUUGAGACUGUCAGGACAUAUUUAG